AUGCAUUUCUCAACUUCCUUCAUCGCCGCCGCAGCCCUCGCUUUCUCCACCUCCGUCACCGCGGCCCCAACAGCCGGAACCGCAAUCGCCCAAGGCGUCUGGUCCGAUGCAUUCCCAAAUCCCCUCGCAACCUUCAACGUCUACUGGUACAACCUCAAAGUCCCCGGCUUCUACAUGGACACCUGGGGCAACUACAACACCUGCUACAACUUUGCGGCCGACGCUCCCUACACCCAAGGCGUGGGCUCCAUCGCCGUCGACGGCACCCAGACCCAGGGCUGCCGCGCCUAUCCCAACGCAGAUUGCCAGGGCGAUUCCACCCAGAUCUUGCCACCUGGAAACAGCUUGUACACCGGUCAUGUGAAGAGCUUUUACUGUGCUCCUCCUAAGACCGCAUAA